AUAACAGAGGAGCUGGAGUUGCAUAGAAAACAUAACCUGAAAAACAGAAGUUUUAUUUAUUAUUGAAAAGUGAAAUAUAUUUUUCAAAAUGUCGCUGAAAAGGAAAUUGACACAAGAUGAUUUGCGUAAAGCUAUGAGUGAACAUAAAAAGAAGUUAGGAACUGUUAAGAAAAUUGAAUCACCAUUAGCGAAAUAUACAGAUGCAGGACAGCUUAUGUGUAUUUUGUGUAAAACUGCUGUACAUAGUGAAGCAGUUUGGUCAGUACAUUUAAAUUCAAAAACUCACAAGGAAAAUAUAAUAUUAGUAAAAAAGACUAAACUAGAAACAGAGUCUCCAACAGCUACAACACUUACAUUCAAAAGACCAACAUCUCCGCAAGAACCAACAGCGAAUAAAAAAAUAAAGAGUAUAUUAAAAAAUGCCACAGUACAGUCAACACAAGUACCAUCAAAUUUGCCAUCAGAUUUCUUUGAUAAACCUUCUAAGCAGCCUAAUGGUACGGUACUUUCAAAUACUUCUGUGAUAAAAAAGAAGUCAGAAGAUGAUAAAGAACAUGAGAAAGAAUUGAAAAAUGUUGAGGCAAAAGAGGAAAAUGAGAAAGAAAUAGAAAGGGAUAAAGAUGCAAAUCAAGCAGUUCUUCCUGAAGGAUUUUUUGAUGAUCCAGUUUUGGAUGCCAAAGUUCGUAAUGUCGAAUAUAAAAAUCCCAUAGAAGAGGAAUGGGAAAAGUUUCAGAAAGAAAUAAAAGAAGAAACAGCACAAUCUGCACAAAUCAUUGCAGAGGAUCAAGAGGAGGCAACAACAGAAAGACAAUUAGAUGAAAUAGAAGAACAAAUAAGACAUUGGUCUAGAGUAAUGGAUCUAGUAAAACGCAAAGAGCAAGUACAAGCCACUGAUAGAAAGCAAAACAAUACUGAUGAGGAUAUCUCUAGUGGAGACGAAGCUGAGUUUGACGAAUUUCUCGAUUGGAGAGCAAAAAAUUCGUACAAAUAAGAUUAACUUUCAUCGUGUACAGUAUUCAUGUUCUUGUAAAUAUUUGAAGGUAUCAUAUACUUUCAAAGUACUUUUGAAACUAUUUAACAAUGAUCAUUAUUAUAUUAAUUGAUCUUUCAUACAAAAUUCGAAAUAUAAUUUGUACCAAGAAAGAAAGGGAAAUUUCUCUGCGACCACCCUUUCUUAUAUC